UUUAUUAGUUUUGAAAACUAAUGUAUUUUGAAUUGAUGCACAGAGGUCAAAAUGGAUAAGAUCUUGUUGUGGAGUCUCCUAUUGACUUUUUCUGGAAGUCAAGCCUCAAGAUCCUUGGCUCAAAGACAUACUGAAUUUGCAGUGGAUCUUUAUCAAGCUAUUUGUUCAUCUCAUAAGAACAACAUUAUAUUUUCCCCCCUUGGAACAACUUUGGUUCUUGGAAUGGUACAACUGGGAGCAAAAGGAAAAGCACAACAGCAGAUAAGACAAACUUUAAAAUUUCAGGACACCUCAACUGGAGAAGAAUUUUCUGUGCUGAAGUCAUUUUUCUCUGCCACCUCGGAGAAAAAACAAGAAUUUACAUUUAAUCUUGCCAGUGCCCUCUACCUUCAAGAAGGAUUCACUGUGAAAGAACAGUAUCUCCAUGGCAACAAGAAAUUUUUUCAGAGUGCCUUAAAACUGGUGAAUUUUCAGGAUGCAAAGGCUUGUGCAGAGACAAUAAGUACCUGGGUAGAAAGCAAAACAAAUGGAAAAAUUAAAGACAUGUUUUCAGAGGAAGAAUUUGGCCCUCUGACUCGGCUUGUCCUGGUGAAUGCUAUUUAUUUCAAGGGGGAUUGGAAACAAAAAUUCAGAAAAGAGGACACACAGCUGAUGAAUUUCACUAAGAAAGAUGGUACAGCAGUCAAAAUCCCAAUGAUGAAGGCUCUUUUGAGGACAAAAUAUGGUUAUUUUUCUGAAUCCUCCAUGAACUACCAGGUUUUGGAAUUACCUUAUAAAGGUGAUGAGUUUAGUUUAAUCAUUAUACUUCCUGCAGAAGAGAUAAAUGUAGAAGAAAUGGAAAAACUAAUUACUGCUCAUCAAAUCUUCAAAUGGUUCUCAGAGAUGCGAGAAGAGGAAGUGGAAAUAAGCCUUCCUAGAUUUAAAGUAGAACAAAAAUUAGACUUCAAAGAAGCUUUGUAUUCUUUGAACAUAACUGAAAUAUUUAGUGGUGGCUGUGACCUUUCUGGAAUAACAGAUUCAGCUGAAGUGUAUGUUUCCCAAGUCAUGCAACAAGUUUUCUUUGAGAUAAAUGAAGAUGGCAGUGAAGCUGCAGCAUCUACUGGAAUACACAUCCCUGCGAUCAUGAGCCUGACUCCAAACCAAUUUAUAGCAAAUCAUCCAUUUCUGUUUAUUAUGAAGAAUAACCCAACAGAAUCAAUUUUGUUUAUGGGACGGGUGACAAAUCCUGACAUCCAAAAGAUGAAUGGAAGAGAUUUAGAUUCACUGUGAAUGAAAAGUACCACCUCAGAAUAUAAGAUGAUUCCUGGAAAAUAGUUGAUUGGCCAAACAUCAUCAUCUUGCAAAUGUAUUCUCUAUAUCUGUUUAUGUUUUAAAUGUUAAUUUGUAUUGACAUAGACCGGUAUUAAUGAAUAAGUGAAAUUAUUGAUAAAUAAAAAUGCAUUCAAUGUUUC